GCUCCACCUCCCCUCUUCUCUUACCUCCAGUUCAACCUCUGUCCCUCUCUUCCUCUCCUCAUUUUCUUCCGAUCUUAUCUGCACACGACUAUCGCAUGCGUGGUCCCCUCGCAGCCCUCGAAAUCCUCCGAUAGUCAGUCCCCGCAACUCCUCGUCCCGUGCUGCUGCCACCAUGUCCAAGUCCACCAAGUACCUCCUCGUCUCGCUCCCCACCUCCAUCACCCCCUCCCACCACCGCGACGACGCCCUCGAUGCCGUCUCUGCCACCGUCGCCCCUGAGAAUGGCUCCGUUGCCCCCUUCCCCAUCCCAGAAUUCAAGAUCGGUACCCUGGAUGCCUUAGUGCAGCAGGCCGAUGAGCUGGCCAAGCUGGAGGCCGCCUGCCAGGGGGUCGUCGCCAAGGUCGGCGAUGCGCUGAAGAAUAUCUUGGAGGGCGACGAAGCGCAGAUCGAGAAGAUGAAGACCGUGAACGAUAAGCCGGUGGACCAAUAUCUACGCACAUUUUCCUGGAACAAAGUCAAGUACCGGGCCGAUAAGCCUCUGGCGGAAUUGAUCGACUUGCUACAAAAGGAGGCCGCUAGUAUCGAUAACGACAUCCGCACAAAGUAUACCCAGUACAACCAGGUGAAGAAUACGUUGGCGACGCUUCAGCGGAAGCAGACGGGUAAUCUGUCCACUAAAUCGCUCGCCUCGGUCGUCGACCCGCGCACCCUGGUCCAGGAUUCCGAAUACAUCGAGACGCACCUCAUCGCCGUGCCCGCUCAGCAGAUCAAGGAGUUCCUCAAAACUUAUGAGACGGUCGCGCCGAUGGUGGUGCCGCGGUCGGCCACGCUCGUGGCCUCGGACAACGACUUCACGCUGUACGCCGUCACGACGUUCAAGAAGCACAGCGUCGAGUUCGUACACAAGUGCCGUGAGAGCAAGUGGAUCCCGCGCGACUUCAAGUACGUCGCCGGCGGCAAGGAGGAGGAGCGGCGGGAGGUCGAGCGCGUGGGCGGCGACGAGCGCAAGCUCUGGGGGGAGACGCUCCGGCUGGGCCGGACGGCGUGGAGCGAGGCGGUCAUGGUCUGGAUCCACGUGCUGGUGCUGCGGGUGUUUGUGGAGACGGUGCUGCGAUACGGGCUGCCAUUGGACUUUGUCUGCACUUUGAUCCGGACCGCGAGCUCGAAACAAGCGGACAAGGCGAAACACAACCUGGACGACAAGUACUCGUAUCUGGCGGGCAAUGCGUUCGGGCGCGACAAGAAGGGCCGGGUGAAGCGCGACGACCCGAGCGAGAUGCACGGCGAGGGAGCCGCGGCGGCCGAUUAUACGGCAUACGUGUAUUACGACUUUGAGUUCCAGUGAUUACUGCCAUGGUGUUUAAUCUACCUGAGCUUUCUUUUUUCUUUGUCUUGUGGAUAUGUAUAGCGUACAUAGAGUCGAAUGGCAUGCUUGAUUGAGCCUUGCGUGACAUGU